CCCAAACCCAACUCCCCAAAGAAAGCCAGCGAACACAAAGAGGAAAGCAAAGGGUACAAAUUGAAAUCAGAAACAAAGAAACAGUGAGUGAUCGAUCUCAUCAUACGAAUUCGGAAGAGCGCACGCUCUUGGCAUUCUGAUCCCGAAAACCUCUUCGCCGGCAGGCACGAUGAACUGAAAAGUGAAAAGUCGUUGCUGGGAAGAGUGAGAAUUUUCUGGUUUUGGUCAGAGUGGCUCUGAGUGGUUGCUUCCCCUGAAAUCACCUUGUGGGCCUCACCUUCUAUACCUUGGUCAACCGCGGUUAUUGAAUGCAGCAAAUGAUGGCAAGUACCCCCUCGUCCAAAGUGAGUUCGCCUGAUUCAACAUCUCAAGGAAUAUUUUCUACUUCAAGGAUCAGAAACAGUGAAACCCCCAAUGUUGGGGCUUCUCCUUCGGUUGGCCAGCUCAAUGCAGAUAUGAAUGGAAACGAUGAAACAGACUUGCUGUCAAUAUCAUGGAAUCAGGACUAUGGUUGCUUUGCUGCUGGAACAAGUCGUGGUUUUCAUAUAUAUAACUGUGAACCUUUCAAAGAAACUUUCAGACGUGAUUUAAAAAGUGGCGGCUUUAAAAUUGUCGAGAUGCUGUUCCGCUGCAAUAUUCUAGCCCUUGUUGGUGCUGUAGCUAAUUCCCAUUAUCCUCCCAAUAAAGUUUUGAUUUGGGAUGAUCAUCAGAGCAGGUGCAUUGGUGAAUUCACAUUUAAGUCUGAAGUUCGUGGCGUAAAAUUAAGACGUGAUCGAAUUGUAGUUGUUCUUGAGCACAAGAUAUAUGUUUAUAACUUCAUGGAUUUGCAGCUUCUUCAUCAGAUUGAGACUCUCGCGAAUCCUAAAGGCUUGUGCUGUCUUUCAUACCAGUCAAAUACAUUUGUUUUGGCUUGCCCAGGCCGCCAAAAAGGGCAGGUCCGAGUUGAACACUUUGGACUGAAUAUGAAAAAAUUCAUCAAUGCUCAUGAUUCCCAACUUGCAUGCUUCACUUUAACAAUGGAUGGGCUCCUUCUUGCAACUGCUAGUUUAAAGGGCACUUUGAUUAGAAUCUUCAAUACAAUGGAUGGGUCACUUUUACAAGAAGUAAGAAGAGGGGUGGAUAGAGCUGAAAUCAACAGUAUAGCGCUGUCUCCAGAUGUCCAAUGGUUGGCAGCUUCAAGUGACAAAGGAACUGUUCAUAUUUUCAGCUUGAGAGUGAGAGUGUCUGGGGAGGAUAGUUUAACACAUCCAAACGCUGCUCAAGGCCCUGCACUGUUUCAUCAGAAUUCUUCAACUUCGUUAGAUCCCUUGAUUUCUCCAAAUACUGGUGCCAACCCCAAUUCAUCAUUAUCUUUCAUGAGAGGGAUUUUACCGAAAUACUUUAGCUCAGAAUGGUCAUUUUCACAGUUCCACUUGCCUGAAAAAACUCAUUUCAUUGUGGCAUUCGGAUCUCAGAACUCUGUCAUAAUUGUUGGCAUGGAUGGGAGUUUUUACAGAUGCAGCUUUGAUACAAUACAUGGGGGAGAGAUGUUGCAGCAGGAAUAUGUUCGUUUCCUUAGAUGUGAAACUAGGAUUUGAGAGAUGUUGCUGCAACAUAGUUCACCAAACAGUAAGCUCCCCUCAAGCCAUGUAAAUAUGAUGUCUCCAACACCAGCAAAUAAACUUCCGUAGUUCGUAUGUAAAUAUGAUGGCUAUAUUGGAGUAACUUGGGAUACAUUGUUGUAUACCUAUUACUAUCACAUUCCCUAUGGAAUUUUUCUGUUGUGUACAGUCACAUAGCAUGGGUACAUACAUGCUAUUUUGCUUAUACAUACAAAUGGAUAAACUUAGUUUGUGUUUAGGGCGCCUAAAA